AUGUAUACCAACCUAAACUUCAACGCCCUGUCCAUGCCCCACAGAUGGAACACUGAGCUGCUAGAGGUAGCGGGUGUAGUAGCUCGUAUCAUGUAUGAAGAUGAACACUCUCUGCUGAAUCUGUCACCGCUCGCUAAGCUGUCAGACAUCAUCGAACACGAACAGAGUCUCCGCGAUGGCGCUCCUGCGCUGGAGACAAAAGGCCCGUCGCUUGCAGCGGAUAAAGAGGCGCUGGCUGUCUUGCACGGGAGAGCAGCGCAUAUCAUGAACACCUUCUCCUUCCGCAACUCAACGCCCUACUCGGCUGUGGGCAUGGCACUACAGCGAGGGUUCCUCAGUGGCGUGCAGGAUAACUCCCUGGGUGCUCCGUCCAUCAUCACAUCGCGCGGUGUCAUGGCAACCAAAGACGCACGCCUUCCCAACGCUGACCUGGAGAACUACAUCUGGCGAGAAGUGGCGGUGGUGCCAAAGAACCUGUACACCGAGUGCAAGGCUUUCUUGGACCAGUUAGACGGAGACUGCUCUCCGCGUACGCUGACUCUGACGGACUUGUACGCAGAGCUCACUGCAUAUCCACUCACAGAGGCUCGAUGUGCGACGUUGUUGGCGUGGUGGGUGGAUGUGGUCAUCAACCGGUUGGAUGCCUCGAAGUCAAAUGAUUACACGCGUCGUCUGUACGACUGUUUGAAGGUGCAGUUAUCACCACAACAACAGACAACAACCACUGCAUCUGACAAUGGCAAAGCGGUUGCAGGAAACACCCAGAGUUCCGAACUUCCCACGCUGGAAGGGCGAGUGGUGCCGAUGAACCGAUACAAACACUUCACCGUUGGCAAAACCAUUCCGCGCGACAUGCCUUUCCCUGAGAGUCUGCUGGCGUUCAGCAUUGCCGAUCGCCUGAGCCGGACACAAUUGUUAUCGCUGUCAUUCCAAGAGCUGACUGUGGCUUUGUGGCUCAGAUACAUCCUGGAAGAUCCGAAGGUGUCUACCAAGCUGUUGGAUCCCUCAUUCUCCCAACGCAUGCUGCACGUGGUGAGCAAAGGCUAUGGCAAUAUGCCUCAGAAGCACAAAACCGAGACUGUCGACAGACUUCAGUUAGUCGAGUGUGUGCCGACGUCACAGGGGUUGCGCCUACCUGAAGCUGCCUACCUACCAGUCGUCUCCUUCUUUAAGGAUUUGCCUUUGGUGCAUCUGGACAAGACCCAUUCGCCUGUACCCGACACUUUCCUCACCACUUUGGGUGUGCGUACGCGAGUGUCUCUGGAGUUGGUACUCGAACGGCUUGGAGAGCUCAAUUGGAACCAGGAUUCGCUGCUGUCCUAUUUGGCAGGAGAGAUGGAUCAGUUCUCCGCCUCUGAAUGGCAGCGUCUGAAAUCUGUGGCAUUUCUGUCAGCAGAUGACACUUUCACAACUGACAGCCGAACUUCGGGAUCGGCCACUCUAGGUGGCGACAGUGCCGAUGCAGUGGUUGCACCUCCCGCCUACACCAAGGACACCCCGGUCCAAAACCCUCCGUCCCGGGUGCUCAGAGAAAGGACCGCCACCCUCCCCCCAUCACGCAUGUACCGAGCAAACGAACUGUACACGCCUACAGUCGAACACAGCCUGUUGGGCCUGCGCACGCUGAUGUGGGGCUCUGGCAAUGGCGCCUCUGCU